AUGGCGGAAGUCAAAGAGACCUGGACUUGGCUCAAUGUCCUGAUUGUCUUGUUUGCCACGUUCGGCUCGCUCUCAUAUGGCUAUUGCACCACCAUCAUUGCGUCGACCCUCGGGCAGCCUCAGUUCCAAGGGUAUAUGAAGCUACUACCCGGCCAGUCCAACGGAGACAAUGCCUCAGCACUGAUCGGAGCCACCAACGGAUUGUUCCAGACGGGUGGCUUCUUCGGAGCCCUCUUGAUCGGUCCUGCGGGUGAUUACUUCUCUCGAAGGGGUGCCAUCGCCGUCUCCGCGGCAUUUAUGGUCAUCGGCGGCGCUAUACAGGCAGCCAGUCAGAACAUUGCCAUGUUUCUGGUUUUCCGCACGUUCUCUGGCUUUGGUGUGGGCAUGGCAGUUGGAGCGGUGCCCCUGUAUCAGUCGGAGGUUUCUCCUCCCCAUUCCCGUGGUUUCCUGGUCGGUCUGCAUGGCGUCGCUAUCGGGGCUGGCUCUGCUCUGGCAGCCUGGGUCGGCUACGGCUGCUACACUAUGACUGGCAAUAUCCAGUGGCGGCUACCCUUAGCCUUGCAAGUUGUGUUCCCAGCGAUCUUGGGCCUGGGAAUAUACACAGUCCCCGAGUCUCCAAGAUGGCUCCUCCAGCGCGACGAUCCCGACAAGGCUCUUGCUGUAUUGAUGAAGAUUCACGCCGACGCCCAAGAUCUCGACGGCGCAUUUGCACAUCGCGAGUACAGCAUCAUGCGCGAACAGUUCGCGUUGGAGACGAAUGUGAUUGGUCUCCAGGCAUACAAGGAGAUCUUCACCAAAGCACACAAUCUCAAACGUCUUGCUCUCGGGUUUGGCGUGAUGUUUGGGGGCCAGUGUACCGGCACUUUGGUCAUCAACUACUACGCUGUGUCUUUGUAUUCGAGUAUCGGAUAUACCGGUCGACAGGCAUUUCUCCUCUCUGCCGGCUAUGUAACCGUGUCUAUCCUGGGCAACGCAAUCACCGCGAUACUUGUGGAUCGCGGCGGGCGGGUCAAUUUCUUGGUCAUCGGGUUCGGUGCUCUUGUCCUCGUCUUGAUCGGCGAGAUCGCGAUGCUCUCUCUCCCGACUCACGAACAGACCGCAGGGACCGCCGCGGGGGCAAUCGUCUUCCUCUUCAUGCACAUCUUUUUCUACGCCAGCUUCAUCGACGCCACGACCUACAUCUACGUGUCCGAGAUCUUCCCCACCCGCCUCCGCGCCGUCGGCACCAGUCUCUCCAUCAGCGGCCUCUUCCUGGCGAGUCUCGUCUUCACGCAGGCGGCCUCGUCGGCGUUCCAGGCGAUCCACUGGCGGUACUACAUCGUGUUCGCGGUCCUCACCGCCAUCUACGCCGUCCUGCUCUGGCUCUUCUUCCCCGAGACCAAGGGCCUGAGCCUGGAAGAAGUCGCCAGGAUCUUCGGCGACCCGGUCGCGGACGGCACCCAUGUGGUGGGAAAAGACGGCCACCUGUACGGCACCACCUCCAACAAGCCGGAGGAUGACGUCGAGCAUGAAGAGCAUUCUGUCCCGCACAAGGUCUAA